AUCCGAAACCCAUUCUGUCAGAACCCACUUCCAAAACAGACCAAACGCACCAAGCUGAGGACGGUCGGGAGGAGCGCUCACCAUCAUCAUCAUCAUCCUCCUCCUCAUCCUCCUCCUCACAGCUGAAGAUGGCGGACCCGGCCGAGUGCACCAUCAAAGUCAUGUGCCGUUUUCGGCCUUUAAACAGUUCGGAGGUGAUGAGGGGAGACAAAUACAUCCCCAAAUUUCAAGGAGAGGACAAUGUGGUCAUCGGGGGAAAGCCGUACAUGUUUGAUCGGGUGUUUCAGUCUAACACUACUCAGGAGCAGGUUUACAAUGCUUGUGCUCAAAAGAUUGUUAAAGAUGUGCUUGAGGGUUACAACGGUACAAUAUUUGCUUAUGGACAAACCUCUUCUGGAAAAACGCACACCAUGGAGGGGAACCUUCACGAUCCAGAUGGCAUGGGCAUUAUUCCACGGAUCGUCCAGGAUAUUUUCAACUACAUUUACUCCAUGGAUGAAAACCUGGAAUUCCAUAUCAAGGUCUCCUAUUUUGAGAUUUACCUGGACAAGAUCAGGGAUUUGCUGGAUGUAUCCAAGACCAACCUGUCUGUACAUGAAGACAAGAACAGAGUUCCUUAUGUAAAGGGUUGUACUGAACGCUUUGUAUGUAGCCCGGAGGAAGUGAUGGACACCAUUGAUGAAGGCAAAUCCAACAGACAUGUGGCUGUCACAAACAUGAACGAGCACAGCUCCAGGAGUCACAGUAUCUUCCUGAUAAACGUCAAGCAAGAGAACACACAGACGGAGCAGAAACUGAGCGGGAAACUCUACCUGGUGGAUUUAGCAGGAAGCGAGAAGGUCAGUAAAACCGGAGCAGAGGGUGCUGUAUUGGAUGAAGCCAAAAAUAUUAACAAAUCUCUUUCCGCUCUGGGCAACGUCAUCUCAGCUCUGGCUGAAGGAACGACGUACGUUCCCUACAGAGACAGUAAGAUGACGAGGAUCUUGCAGGAUUCUCUGGGUGGAAACUGCAGGACCACUAUAGUGAUCUGCUGCUCUCCAUCCUCCUUCAAUGAAGCCGAGACCAAAUCUACCCUCAUGUUCGGACAGAGAGCAAAGACCAUCAAGAACACAGUGUCUGUGAAUGUGGAGCUGACAGCCGAGCAGUGGAAGAAGAAAUAUGAGAAGGAGAAAGAAAAGAACAAGACACUAAGGAACACCAUCACCUGGCUGGAGAACGAGCUCAACCGCUGGAGGAAUGGUGAGAGCGUCCCUAUUGAGGAGCAGUACGAUAAGGAGAAGGCAAACGCAGAUGUUCUGGCCUUGGAUAAUGUGAUUAAUAAUGAUAAAAUCACUUCGUCUCCCAGCAUGCCCGGCCUUAAGUUCACUGACGCUGAGCGUGAGAAGUGUGAGGCUGAAUUGGCUAAACUCUACAAACAGCUGGAUGACAAGGAUGAUGAGAUAAAUCAGCAGUCUCAGCUGGCUGAGAAACUCAAGCAGCAGAUGUUGGAUCAGGAAGAGCUGCUGGCCUCAACGCGAAGGGACCAUGACAACCUGCAGGCGGAGCUCACCCGUCUUCAGAUGGAGAACGAGGCUUCUAAAGAGGAGGUGAAGGAGGUGCUGCAGGCCCUGGAGGAGCUCGCAGUCAACUAUGAUCAGAAGAGUCAGGAGGUGGAGGACAAGACCAAGGAGUUUGAAGCCCUGAGUGAAGAGCUCAACCAGAAAUCUAGCGUUCUUGCAUCUAUCGACUCUGAGCUGCAGAAACUGAAGGAAAUGACCAACCAUCAGAAGAAGAGAGUUACUGAGAUGAUGUCAUCACUGCUUAAAGACCUGGCAGAGAUUGGCAUCGCCGUAGGCAGCAAUGACAUUAAGCAUGAGGGUGGAGGUCUCAUUGAUGAAGAGUUCACAGUGGCUCGUCUGUACAUCAGUAAGAUGAAGUCAGAGGUGAAAACUCUAGUGAAGCGCAGCAAACAGCUGGAAAGCGCUCAAGCCGAGAGCAACAAAAAGAUGGAUGAGAAUGAGAAGGAGCUCGCAGCCUGUCAGCUCCGUAUCUCUCAGUAUGAAGCAAAGAUCAAGUCCCUGACAGAGUAUCUGCAAAACAUCGAACAGAAGAAGAGACAGCUGGAGGAGAACGUCGACUCUCUCAAUGAGGAACUGGUCAAACUCAGCGCACAGGAGAAAGUUCAUGCCAUGGAGAAGGAGAAUGAGAUACAGAGUGCUAAUGAAGUCAAGGCUGCAGUUGAGCAGCAGAUCCAGAACCACAGAGAAGCUCAUCAGAAACAGCUGAGCAGCCUGAGAGACGAGUUGGAGAUCAAGGAAAAACUCAUCACUGAACUCCAGGAUCAGAACCAGAAGAUCAUGUUGGAGCAGGAGCGCUUGAAAGUGGAGCACGAGAAACUCAAAACCACUGACCAGGAGAAGAGCCGUAAACUGCACGAGCUCACGGUGAUGCAGGACAGAAGGGAACAGGCCAGACAGGAUCUUAAAGGCCUGGAGGAGACAGUGGCCAAAGAGCUGCAGACUCUUCAUAACCUGAGGAAGCUCUUUGUUCAGGAUCUGGCCACACGGGUGAAGAAGAGUGCUGAGAUGGACUCGGAUGACACUGGUGGCAGCGCGGCGCAAAAACAGAAGAUCUCAUUCCUUGAGAACAACCUUGAGCAGCUCACUAAAGUGCAUAAGCAGCUGGUGCGUGAUAACGCUGACCUGCGCUGUGAGCUGCCCAAGCUGGAGAAGCGCCUGCGGGCAACGGCAGAGCGCGUGAAGGCUCUAGAGUCUGCACUCAAAGAGGCCAAAGAGAACGCAGCCCGCGACCGCAAACGCUACCAACAGGAGGUGGACCGCAUCAAAGAGGCAGUCAGAGCCAAGAACAUGGCCCGCAGAGGACACUCGGCACAGAUUGCCAAGCCAAUCAGACCAGGUCAGCCCCCUGUCGCCUCUCCCACCCACCCCAAUGUCAACCGCUCAGGGGCGGGGCUCUUCCAGAACAACCAAUCAGUGGGCAUCCGUGGUGGAGGCGGAGUCAAACAGUAAAAUAACUGUUCAAUGCUGAACGUAACCCCAGUAGCCCCAGCUGAAGCUGAUAUCACCCCAAAAAGCUGAACAGGCAUUCCACAGCACGGGAGGGUUCAAUACUAUACAUAUGAAAAUGAAUAUAAGUAUAUAUAUGUGUAUGAAACAUGAAAUACUAUCCCCGUCUGGGCUGUACAGUUGUUCCUCCAUUCUUAUCUCUUAUAUCUUCCCUUUAAAAAUAUAAAGAAAACUAAACACAAACACAAAAAAAGACAGGCUUUUUGCACCAGUGGACACUAGCGUGUAUCUCUCUUCACUCUUGCACAGUAGGUUUCUGCUCACAUCCUGCUCUCCACGUCCCUCACUGUGCCAAGUUGAAUGUAUUACAAAACUACAAAAGAAAAAAAAAGGCAGAAAUGAAUGAAAAAUGGAAAAAAGGAACAAAAAAAUACUACUAGCUGAAUUAUUUUAGCCUUAUUUAUGUACGUUCACAUUUUGGGUUUGUUUAGAGAGUUAGCUUGUUCUCUCUUGCUUUGAGUAGUUUCUAUUGAACAUUUCACCUAAAUAAGUAAGUUAAACACUACAAUUGAACUGUAUAUAUGAACCAUUGAACUAGUUUUUGUAAUGACGGACAUGUUCAGAAGAAAGAUUUAAAUUAUGAGGAAAGGUAGACAAACGAGAUGCAGUUAAAUGAAAUGAGAAAAGGCUGCUUCAUGUAGACGCACCUGAGCUUCAGGUAUAUUUAAACCACUGUACGAGUAAUCAUUGUUACAGCAUAAAGACCUGUGUGUAUGUCACAGUCAGAGGUCUUAGAUGAGUUGUAGCUAGGUUAAAAAAUAAUAAUACCAAUGUCACGUGCUCAUUUCAAUAUUUAACUUCAGUUUCACUGUUAAAGCCGAUAGAGUUUGUCGCAUCGAUGCUGCUCCGUAGCUCAAUCACUACAAAUCAUUAUUAAUCAUGUGUGGAUUUCUCCUCUUAGUUUUACCUACAAUAUUCCCAGGCAGGAUUGCUGUUACAUUGUUUUUGGUAGGCAGGGAAUCUAGCUUUUAAUUUUAGAGAUUGUAAACCCAACAAUGAACGAUUAACUCACAAUUUAUUUACCCACAUGUUGUUCCAAACCUGUUAAGACUUUACUUUUAUGCAACACUAAAAGCUAUCAAAAUGUUUACACUGCUUUUUGACAUUAAAAUGAAUAGGCUUGGAGAAUAUUAAAAGCAUCGAGAUGUUAAAUUGAAGUUAAAUUGAAAAUUUUAACUUACUAUUAAAUUCAGAUCUUGCCCUAAGUGGCUCUAAAGUCUCAAAAGUGCUUUUUUCACUACUUGUUUUACAUUUUGUACAGGGCAACAAAAUUUAUUAGGGUUUGGGACAGCAUGAGAGUGAGUAAAUAAUGACAAAAUUGUCUUUUUUGGGUUGUGUUAAGGGAUUCUUGAAUGUGGAAGUGAUCAUAUCCCACCCUCCUCUCCUUUAAAGACGCUGUGUUAAAGCAAUACGGUUUUGUAGUUUGCUUUAAAUUUAGUGUAAUUUUGUCCUUUUGUUGGAGUGAGGUUUGUGCAAUGGUCAGACAGCCAUUGAAAUCACAAUAUACCCUCACUCCCGAGUCUUUUCCUUUUAUUUGAUUUUAGUUGGUACGGUUUAGUCCAUUAUAGGGUCCAUAUUUGAAGUUGUGCAUUUUGGAAAUGGCGAUCGAAUCUCCGGUGGUUUGAGCAUUGCAACCAACACAUCAUUUAGUUCUGGCUCACAAAACCAAAACGCGAUUGUGAAUUGUCAUUUUGGUUUUGCGUUUGCUUGUUUAGACCUGCUGAUCGGCUCUCCACAGUUCAUACGGUUCCUAUGCUUUUCAUUCAGCACAAUGUUACUGCCUUUCAUUGACUAGUGUUAAUGGGUGGGGCCUAUUUAAUGGUGGGCGGGGUUUAUUUAAUCAUUUUAGGUCAUGUUUUCAUUGUUGCACUUGCAACUAGAUAAUAUAGUUUUAUUUAUUUCUGUUUUGUUAUAGACUAGGGAUUUUGCUGUUCAUGUUCUUUUGUUGGUCUUUUUUAAAGCCGUUUUUUCUUAUGACAAGCGUAUGUAGAUUCCAGUGUACUUGGUUUCCAUUGUCCUUUGUUAUUGGAUCCAGAUCCUACUAGGUGUCCUGUGUAUAGUACUGUAGUAGCAGGGGGAAUAUUGAAGAUGGCGUUUAAGACCUUUUGUGUGCAAUAUGAAUCUGGUGUAGUGCAAAUUUCGCAGUACUGAAGAAAAGCGACGGAGAAGAAAUAAAAACCGCACUCAACAGUCCUCCCAUUUUAUUUUAUUGUUUAAUGCUCACUUGUCUAACGGUUGUCUUGUUCGCCGAAUUUAAUCUUUUAAAAGCACUUUAAAAUGUUACCAUCUCAAUUGAAAAAUGCACUUGUUGAAAACUGAAAAUUUGCAUCUCAAACAUCGAAUUCCUCACUGAGUUUUAUAAUUCUUGUUGUUGAGGGGCUUCUGCAGGAGGUCAUGUGUUUUGAAGACUGUCAAUGUUGUUUUUUGUAUUUUAUUUUGCCUUGAAUCUGCAUUUUUAACAGUUACUGGGGAAAACACUCUGCUUAAAUGGCGCUAAUGGAAAGAUGUAACGGUGAUCAGAGAAUGUGUACAGUUGGUUCUUCAGAGUGUUGAUUGAAUUGCUGUGUAUAUUUCCUUCAGUUGCUUACUGUAGGCAAGUUUUCACCCCUUGACAUGAAACGCAAAUAAAAUAUAGGGUAAAACA